GCAGAGCGCACUGGCUGUAGCUCAGCGAGGAGUUUGUUGUCUAAGAACUUCAAGAGAAAACACAUUUUUACAAUUCUAACAGACGCAGGAUACUCGUGAACAGUCUUCUAUCCAAGCAAACAUUUGGAUUUAACCCAGAAGAGCGCGUUUGGAGAGGAAUUUAAGGUGUUUCAUUUCCAGACACACCAACAGCUGACCUCUUCUUGCCCACCCUGAAACUCCGUUUGACCCUACCUGCUCUUGUCUGUGUGGCACUCAGUGCUCCCCAGACCGCCCAGAGAGCGUGCACAGCGCCAUGGUAACUCACAGCAAAUUGAGCAACUCCGCAAUGAGCAGCAGCCCCUUGGACUCCAACAUGCGGCUGCCUUACCGUUACAAGACUUUCACCUCCAAGACGCAGUACCAGAUGGUCUUGGCCACGCUUCACAAGCUCCAGGAGAGCGGCUUCUACUGGAGCACCAUCACUGGCAAGGAGGCCAACGGCAUGCUGGCGUCUGAGAGCACAGGCACCUUCCUCAUCCGGGACAGCUCUGACAACCGGCACCUGUUCACACUCAGUGUCAAGACCGGGUCGGGCACAAAGAACCUGCGAAUUCAGUGUGACACAAACUCUUUUUACCUGCAAACAGACCCCAAAAAUGUUCACUCUGUUCCCCACUUUGACUGUGUCCUCAAGCUGGUUCAUUACUACAUGCCCCAGAGCAAAGGGAACACUCGCAGUGGGAAUAUCUACUACAUUUACUCUGGAGGGGAAAGGAUCCCUCUGGAGCUCAUCAAACCUCUCUCCUGUAGUUUGUCCACCUUGCAGCACCUGUGCAGGAAAACAGUCAAUGGACAUUUGGACAUUUCUUCAAAAAGAGACCAACUUCCUCACCCUCUUAAGGAGUUCCUCCAGGAGUAUGAUGCUCCUAUCUAGAGGUCUUGGACUGAUGCUCUUGAAGGGGCAAAGACUUAAGUGUGUUCCGAAGAAACUGGCAGGUUUCAGUUCAGCUGUGUGAAAACAUGUCUGAGAAGUAAAUGGUGCAGCAGAAUCAAAAGGAUCAAGCCCAGUACUGAGCUUGUGAAAAGGAGGAUAUUUGUACUGACAUGUAGUUCCCACAGAAGAGUGGGUAUGAGUCUCUUUAAUGUUUCAAAAAAAGAGACACUGGAUUGAGGACUAAUCCUCAAAGAGAGCCAAGAGCGCACUGCUGUAAUCUGGUGGUAUGAAAGAGAGAUAAUGCUGCCGUCCUCUGUCUCAGUGAUGACGUGAAACGUACUAAAAACUGAAGUGAGGCUCACAGUCAGCUGUCCACAGUGUGGUGAGACACAUGUUCCUUCUGCUGCUAAACCGCUGUGUUGUGAGGCUGUUGAGCUCACACACACAUCAGCCUUAGAAAAUGAUCCAAUAAUUAGGGCUUUUAAAAAAAAUUUUGUUGCUGGAUGGUAACACGUCCAUCUCAGCGUCCUGGGAUCUCUGGCCAAGUGUUUGCUGGAAAUUCACAGACAAUGAAAACUCACAGAGUACAAAUAAGUGGAUACUGAUGACCUUCUGGGUGCAUUUGUGCAACAGCCGUGAUGUGAAAAGGCUGAACUUUUUCAUCUGAAUCUUAAAAGAUGUUUUAAGAUCGGAAAAUGUGGAAAGAAGAGGUGUCUUUGAUAUUUUGUUUAGGAAGCAUUUAUGCCAAAUUUGCCAGACCUAGACAACAGUUAGUUGGAAAACCAACAUGACUGAAUCCUACAGGGUCUUACUUGAGAAAGAAAUACCACUGAGUUCAGCAAAUAAAGCCUUUGUAUGACUUCAGUGAUAAAUAUACCAAAAGAUGUGGCAGUAUUUGUGGCAAAAACAGUCACUGCUUGCAAAUGAAUGUAUUACAUUUGGUAUCUCACUUUUCCUAAUGAGGAAAAUAGUCAAAAAUGUGUCUUAUUUUCCUGAAAACCAUGUUUACAUGAGCUAAGAUGAAAUGGUAAAUCUGUUUGUCUUUUAUAAAGAUGUGCUUUUUCCCAGCCAAACCAUUGGCUGUGUGGAUGCUUGAAGAUAUUUGAGAAGUUUUGACGAAGCAAGCAGACUGAUACAACUUUGCACUUAUUUAUAUUUGUAUGAACAUUUCAUUAAUUUAUAAUAAAGACUACUAUUUUUCUAUGAA